GAUGAGCAAGCCGACACACUUCGAGGUGGCCUAAAUGGCGCGACCGGCGAUGCGUUGGACCACGAUGACACUGCAAAAUAUGCAGGAGAGACAGACAUUUUUUAAGAAAACCCUUCCCGUACCAUUUUUCUGUGAUAGGGGGUCCUUCUCCAUAGUAAGUUUCACUGUGUUUUGGGAGAAUAUUGAAAUAAAAAGAAGGCGAAAUUCAUCCCUUGAUCCUUUAUUUUCAGUUCAUUUCUUUGAUUUAUGCAAAAAAAGUCUCUCCUUGAGUUAUCGGAAAAGAUGGAUAAAAAGAUAGGC